UGGGUGGCAUUAUACUUGUGGAAGCAACACUUCAGCAGGUUCCCAUUUCAAGUGAUCCUCAAGGGUUGAUUGUCAGAGAAGGCCAGCUAACAUCCAUGGAGCAAGGGAAAGAUCCUACAUCAGAGAAACGCCCUGAACUAGGCGAAGUGGAAGGGUUUCCCUUACCAAAAGACACUUGUAAUGAAUGGGACCGGAUCCAGUGCUUCCAAGCCAAGCCAGAUGACUUACUUCUUUGUACUUACCCCAAAUCAGGUACCACUUGGAUACAAGAGAUAGUGGAUAUGAUCCAACAAGAAGGAGACCUGGAGAAAUGUCAGAGAGCCCCUGUGAAUUAUCGACAUCCAUUCAUUGAAUGGGCAAGACCAUUUCAGACCUCAGGAGUGGAGCAAGCCGAAAUGAUGCCCUCUCCAAGGACCCUCAAGACUCACCUUCCUGUCCGGCUGCUCCCUCAGUCAUUCUGGACAGAGAACUGCAAGUUCAUUUAUAUGGCAAGAAAUCCCAAGGACUGCCUGGUGUCCUAUUUCCAUUUCCAAAGAAUGAACAAAAGAAUGCCUCAUCCUGGAACAUGGGAGGAAUAUUUGGAGACUUUCAUGGCAGGCAAAGUGGCCUGGGGCUCGUGGUACAAUCAUGUAAAGGAUUGAUGGAAAGCAAAAGAUACUCACCGGGUUCUGUAUCUCUUUUAUGAAGACAUUAAAAAAGACCCUAAGUGUGAAAUCCAGAAGGUGAUGCAGUUUAUAGGGAAGCAACUAGACAUGGCAAUUCUGGACAAGAUUGUCCAUCAUACCUCAUUUGAAGUCAUGAAGCACAACCCCAUGGUCAACCGGGCUGGUGUGUCCCUCUCUACCAUGGACCAAUCCAUUUCUCCAUUCAUGCGGAAAGGGACGGUUGGUGACUGGAAGAACCACUUCACAGUGGCUCAGAAUGAGCGGUUCGAUGAAGACUUCCAGAGAAAAAUGUCAGACCCUACCUUGACUUUCACUAUGGAGCUCUAAGGUCCCUUCUGCUUUCACUUCACUUCAUUUGUUUUUUUCCUACCAUAGUCUAACAGUGUUUCUCAACCUUAGCAACA